AUGGAUAGCAAGGUGGUGCUUACGGCAAAGGAAGCUACGUUCAAUAUUCCCAUGUGGAAGCUCGGGAAGCUCACACUGUACAAGCUGAAUGCUCGGAUUAUCGGCGUCUAUCACGUUCUCUACCCUCCCGAUCAUUUGUCCAAACUCGGCGACGAAGCAGGUCUCUCUUCGGUUCCCCUGGCAGAGAAGCCUGGGUUCGAGUUCUCCGAGAACGACUCGCCGGAUCUUACACAGUGGAGGAUUACCGCGAUCACCAAUGCGGCGAAUGCGGCGAAUGCGGCGAAUGCGGCGAAUGCUAAUGAUCCCAAGACGAUCGCCGAAGUCAAGCGCCGGUUCAACCUGUUGCUCGAGAAGAACGACCUGUUCCGAAUUGCCGGUGACCUCCAGCGCACUAUCUACGCGAAUGUCGUCCGUCUUGGCGGUAAAACGGCUGCAAUGAUCGCCUUGUGCCGCUCUACAGAUCCUGCGCUUGUGAAACCAAGUCAGACGCACCUGUCCAACCUCGUGGAGAAGUUCAAGGGGAACUUCUCCCUUGGCCGUGUCCUUCAAUACAGCUUUGACUCGCUCACGACGUUCGAAGACGUCAACGUCAUCGAGGGAUUCUUCGAGGAUAAGGAUACGAGCACAUACGUCCAAGCGCUCUCCCAGGGGUUGGACGAUGUGCGGAGUAAGGCGGCUUGGCUGGAGCGGGAUAGGGCUGAAGUGGAACAGUGGCUCAAGAAGAAUCAGUACUUGUAA